AUGGUCAAUCUGAUCCCAUUCUCGAGAGCGUUCGUCUUGGAAAUGGAUUCAAUGGAGGAAGAACAAUGUUUACAUCAAUGUGAAAGUUACAUUCAGAGUCAUAAUAUCCAGCUUUUAUUAAAAGAUUGCAUCGUUCAACUAUGUUUAAAUAAGCCUGAAAAUCCAAUAACAUUUUUACGGCAGUAUUUUCAAAAAUUGGAAAGGGAGCAAGUGAAGGCUGCUGCAGCAGCGGCUGCAACUUCAGAAGGUGAAGGUGAUGGUGAGCUCUCACCCCUACCACUACCCGGUGGCCAGUUGCCGCGCCGCCGUGGUGGGAUUAGUGCUGAACCUGUCACAGAAGAGGAUGCAACUAGCUAUGUUAAGAAGGUGGUGCCAAAGGAUUAUAAAACAAUGGGGGCACUAUCACGUGCAAUUGCAUCCAAUGUUCUGUUCACACAUCUUGAUGAGUCAGAGAGGGCCGACAUGUUUGACGCCAUGUUUCCUGUGCAAUGCUUACAGGGCGAGACUGUCAUACGCCAGGGGGAUGAAGGGGACAAUUUCUACAUUAUCGACUCGGGUGAAGUAGAGGUGCUAGUAAACGGGGAGCCAGUGACGACAAUCGGCGAGGGCGGCAGCUUUGGUGAGCUGGCGCUGAUAUACGGGACGCCUCGUGCCGCCACGGUGCGCGCCCGCACCCAGCUGAAGCUGUGGGGUCUGGACCGCGACUCCUAUCGGCGCAUCCUUAUGGGCUCCACCAUACGCAAACGCCGAAUGUACGACGAGUUCCUCUCCAGAGUCUCCAUUUUGGAGAGCCUAGAGAAAUGGGAGCGUUUGACGGUGGCAGAUGCGCUGGAGCCUGUUUCCUUUAACGACGGCGAAAUAAUUGUACGACAAGGAGAGCCUGGAAACGAUUUUUACAUCAUUGUUGAAGGCACGGCGGUGGUGCUCCAGCAGCGCGGCUCCUCCGAGGGCGGGGAGGGUGCGGAUGGCGGGGAGGGGGCGGCGGGCGGUGAGGCGGUGGAGGUGGGCCGCCUCGGGCCGUCCGACUACUUCGGCGAGAUCGCACUGCUGCUCGACCGCCCGCGGGCCGCCACCGUGCGCGCCCUCGGUCCGCUCAAGUGCGUCAAGCUGGACCGCGCAAGAUUCGAGAGAGUUUUGGGAUUGUGUGCUGACAUUUUGAAACGCAACAUUGCUCAAUACAACAGCUUCGUGUCGCUUUCCGUU